UCAUGGUUGUCUGAUACAUCGAGUGAAGAGAUAUUUUUUAAUAUUUAAUCCAAUUAACAAUUUAAAAUGUCAUUUAUAGUUCAAAGAGAAGCUUUGAAUUUUUUAUCACUAAUUCCACUCUUGAUAUACAUUGUAGUGGUACAUGUUUGCUUUGAAUAUUAAAAUUUCAAAAAAAAAAGUUAUUAACGAGGAGAUUAGUUCAAAUAAAUUUAUAAAAGUUAAGUUAUCGUAUUGGAUUAUUAAAGUUUUGUCAGUUUGGGUUCAUUUGGUGCCAUGAAAGGAAAAGAUCUACAUCAUGUUGUUGAUAUUGAGAUUCUCUCGGGUGUUGAUAUGCAAGACAAAGUUACAACAAACAAAACGAAUGGACAUGCAAAGAACGACGGUCAAGGAAUUCUCAACAAGGGUUACAUGCCUAGCGAGUCGAAUUUAAGAGAAAUAAAUGGUUCAAAAACAGUUGAAGAACUCGAAAGCUCGAGUGAAAUUCUAAAUUCUUCUUUACGCAGUAGUCAGAGUUUAGAAAAUAUAUUUACAAUGGAUGAAGAAAUGGGCAAAAUGAACUUGGCCUUUAACAGUACCAAUGAGCUUGCUAGUCCCGCCUUUGAAAGUGGCCAAUCAGAAUCAACACUUGAAAUAGAGACAGUAAGAUCAACACCUGAAAACAUUCGAAGUGAACAAAAUUGUUGCCAGAACUCAGAAAGCGACGAUCCAUGUGUAUUUCAUAUGGAGAUGUACAAGCCAAAUGAUACUGAAUGUCACCACGUGGAAAUAACUGAAGGCGAGGCCUCCCCUUCCUAUGGGACUCCUCCCAAAAGUCCAGAGUAUUGCAUUUCACCGAAAUACGCAACUCCACCUGAUGCAACACUACCUGAAAACAGCGUGUUUUAUUCAGUUGCCAAUGACAAAGCAAACGAGGAAAAAAAUGGGUAUUUCCAACCCCUGUAUAACCACCGCCCUAAAGAUUUAUUUCAUAAGUACACUUGUAACGACCAGAGUGCGCUAACUUUGCAUGGUCUUAUGGGUAAUAUGGUUAACUCUUCUAAUAAUUAUUUCCAAACGGGGGAUGAAUUUGAAAGUCGCAAGACAUCGGGCACAUCAUCAGAAUAUGGGGAAGAAGAUUUGGAACAGCUUCGUAUUCAAGCAUUAGAGCAGUUGUCUGCAGCGAGGUCAAAGUCUGUUGCUUUUGCUGUCCGCGCAAACUAUGGUUAUAAUGGUUCAGAAGACGACGACUCUCCCGUCCAUGGAAUGGCUGUGUCUUUCGAAGCGAAAGACUGUUUGCAUAUCAAAGAGAAAUUCAACAAUGACUGGUGGAUUGGUAGGGUUGUUAAGGAAGGUCAUGAUAUUGGCUUUAUACCAAGCCCAAGCAAACUGGAGAAUUUGCGACAAUCGGGUAUAUCGAGUAAAGUUGUGCGACAUCAAUCGAGCACAAGCAGUAAUAUGAAUUUGGAAGAUCAAUCACAAUCUACUCCCAGAAUUAAUACAGUAGGCUCGCCGAGUGAAGACCCUGCAUCCUCAUUUGAUGAGGACCAGAUGAACUCGCCCAACCGUAAUACGUCUGGUUUAAAUCUCUCCGGUGGUUACAACAACAACAACAAUAUCAACAACAACACCAUGCAGAAGGGAAAGAAAGGAAUUUUUAAGAAGAAUGAAAAUUUCCCGCCUUAUGAUGUGGUACCAUCAAUGCGACCUAUUAUUUUUGUUGGACCAUCACUUAAAGGAUAUGAGGUGACAGAUAUGAUGCAAAAAGCGCUCUUUGAUUACUUAAAACACAGAUUUCAAGGAAGAAUUGUCAUCAGCAGGGUGACGUCUGACAUCAGUUUGGCGAAAAGGUCGGUACUUCAAAACCCGGCCAAACAAACAGUCAUACAGAAGAAAGGGAAUUCACAAGCUGGACUUGCUGAAGUUCAACAAGAAAUCGAACAUAUUUUCGAGCUGUGUCGCAACACCCAUCUUGUCGUUCUUGACUGCGAUACGAUAAAUCACCCUUCGCAAGUCUCCAAAACAUCACUAGCGCCGAUCAUUGUCAUGAUAAAGAUCGCGUCACCGAAGGUUUUGACUCGAUUAAUCAAAUCACGUGGUAAAUCACAGACGAAACAUCUCAACGUCCAACUUGUUGCUGCUGAAAAGCUUGCACAGUGCAAUGAUGAUAUGUUUGACGUAAUUCUGGACGAAAAUCAGCUGGAAGAUGCUUGCGAACAUCUUGGCGAAUUUUUGGAGGCGUAUUGGCGCGCCGCUGUACCGCCACAACAACAUUACACCAACGGUGAAAACGGCGCUUACAAUAAUCCUUCAGGUCAACAAACUAUACUCAGUUACAACGGCAUUGAUCAAUUUAACGGCGCGUCGCAAAGACAUUUACGUACAGCUCAAGUAUAGUAAAAUGCGUAACUACUGUCGUAACAGCGUAAUUACGACAGUCCCUUGUUUAAAAGAGUGGUGAUUAAGUUUAUUCGUUUUCACGAAACCAAGUUCGCCUUUAAGUGAAUGUACACAAAAGAAAUGUUACGAUGGAAUUUAAACUGAGAGCAUGAUGUAUUCACAGAAAAAAUAUUUCACGAGAGGACAGGAAAAAUUAACAUUAUCUAUAAAUUAUGUAAAUAUUUAUGACAAAACAUUAAAAUUGUAAAAUAUAAUCAAGAAAUGAAA